AUGGAGAAUAGCGAGAACCCGGAGUUCCCAUUUGUCUCCUCCAAGGUAGAGGAAGUUGCCGAUCAACAAAAUGUGUCGAUUUCGAAUCCUAUCAACAGCCACCCCAAGCCCUUUUCACACAUCGUUCGUUUCGAUGGACCUGCGGAUCCUCUUGAUCCACAGAACUGGCCUGCUAACAAAAAGCUCUAUACCUCUAUCCUUCUCGGACUGGCUACUAUGGUAGUCGCACUCACUAGUAGCAUCUUCUCGAUGGCAAUCCAGCCAUUGAUGAUGAUAUAUGGCAUAUCCCGCGAGGUCGGGACUCUCGGGGUGUCUCUAUACGUCCUAGGAUUUGCAACAGGUCCCAUUAUCUGGGCCCCUUGCUCCGAAAUCAAGGGCCGUCGACUCCCCUUUCUGCUAGCCAUGUUUGGAUUCACCGUGUUUUCCUUCGCCACAGCUGCUUCCAAGGACCUGCAGUCGAUAUUCAUCUGCCGCUUCUUCGCCGGAUUUUUCGGCGCCGGUCCUUUGACGCUCGCAGGUGCUGUCUAUGGUGAUAUUCUCGCCCCUCAUGUUCGCGGCGCUGGAAUGGUAGGAUUCUGUCUUAUGGUCUUCGUGGGUCCCCUUUUGGCCCCGACAAUAGGAGGCUUCAUUGUGACGAAUAACAGCCUCGGCUGGCGAUGGACACAUUAUCUUGCGGGAAUUCUAGGCGCAGCCUCAUUCGUAUCUCUACUAUUGUUCCAAGACGAGUCCUAUGUUCCCGUUCUGUUAACCAACAAAGCAGCACGGCUCCGUCACGAAACAAAAGAUUGGUCGAUCCACGCUGAGCACGAGGAGAUCGAUAUCAGCAUCCAGCAAAUCAUCUGGGGAUAUCUCGCGCUGCCGUUGAAGAUGCUGGCACUAGACCCCAUCAUUCUCUGCAUGUGUAUUUUCGGCGCGUUCGUCUACGGCUUGCUGUACCUCUUCCUCACAGCCUACCCGAUUAUUUUUCAGCGUGUCCACGGAAUGAACCCCGGAGUUGGCGGUCUCCCUUUCAUCGGGGUUGUCAUCGGCCAGCUUCUAGCUGGCGCCAUGAUGCUCCUGGGGUCGCCUUCACUCGGUCGCCGGAUCAAAGCAAACGGUGGUCAAAUGGUGCCUGAGUGGCUCCUCCCAGUAGCUAUCCCCGGCUCCGUUGCCUUUUCAGCGGGUCUUUUCUGGCUGGGAUGGACGGGAUAUAGACGCGACUUCCACUGGAUCGUUCCCACAGCUUCCGGGCUGUUGACAGGCUUUGGUCUGCUGGCCAUGUUCUUGUCGUCUAUUGCCUAUGUGUCUGAAGCACGGCAGAAGAGGGCGGCCUCCGCGAUUGCGGCCCACACGUUUCUUCGUUCAAUAGCAGGGGCGAUUUUCCCGCUGUUUGCAACCUACAUGUUCGAUGCGUUGGGGGUUGAAUGGGCAUGUACCCUCUUAGGAUGCGUCGCGGCGCUGCUCGUCCCCAUUCCUAUCGUAUUCAUUAUCUAUGGGGCUGAGAUUAGGGGACGGAGUAAGCUUGCACUUUAG